UUUUUCGUCAUUUGGGGAUUGUCCGCAAGUUUUGUCCGCAAAUUUUUUUCUUUGGGUUUCCUUAUUGAUUUUUGCUUUUUUUGAAGUUUAUUUGUAAUAAAUUUCGCUAUUACUUUGGCUGAUGCCCUCCCUCCUCCUUUCCUGUUUCCUUAACCAUUUUAAGCUCUUGAUUACUAUCAAGUUUCUAUAAAGCAUUUUGUAUUUUCAGCGUUCUUUAAACAAAAUAAAUUUUGGGUUGCUGAACAAUUAAAAUGCCACCACAGGGAAAAAAUAAAAAUAAAAAGGUCAGUCAACUUGGAGGCACAAUUUCUGGACCAAAAAGUAGUGGUAGGAAUAAUGGACAAAAACGUUUUGAAGAAGCUGGAGAAUCCUCUAGCAGUUCAAAACAAAAUGAAGAAACAAAAAAAGUGCUAAAGGGAAAAGAAAAUGUGAAACCAAAAGAAGUGCCUUCCAGUUCGGAACAGUCUCCAGAAAUUAAAGCCUCAAACCCCAGCAAGGUUUUGUCUAACUUUCUUGUUUCUUUUUAUUUUUAGUUGCUUGUGAAAAAUUUUUUAUCUGUUGUGUCUGGCGGUGGUGAUGAGGCUAUUCUUUCUGAAAAUUCUUUUGUUGCUGGCAGUGGUUUAGGAAUUAUUUUAGAAGAGUCUUCUUCAAUUCAAUCUAAUCCUGAAGCCGCUAAAGCGAGCAAUAAACGAAAGCGAAAUAGAAAGAACAAAAAAGAAAAUGAAAAAAAAAUGUCUCCUACUCCUGAAGGAAAUAAAUCUUCCGAACUUGGAAGUAGCGCUGGUUCUGGUACUAUUAGUGAG